CGGGGAAAGCUCUUAAAGGGCCAGUACAGGCGGGAACCAAACAGAGGAGCAAGGAGGCGGGCUUGCUCUCCGAUGCAUUGUGGGACGGGGAAAGUUACUUUCACUGCUUGCAACGGAGAAGAUGCGAAGGAAGGAAGGCUUCUGGCUGGCCUUUAUGUGACGUAACCCCAGAUUAAGAGAAUUAUGACGUCACAGGUUGAAAGAGAGACCAAGCUGCUUUGAGCAAGAAUAGGGCUCCACAGCCACAUAUGGACCCACAAGAACACUGGAAGACAAUCAUCCUCGGAAAACGAGGGAUCGCCUAAGUAAGUAAAUCUUAUUGUCAUCCUAUCCGCACUGCUUGAGUAGCCAUUCCGCCCGCAAGAUGACCUCGAACGACCUGGACGCCCCUGCUAGUGAUGGGGAGGAGGAAGACGCGUCUGUUGUGCUGCAUUUAUACCCAUAUUCAGAAGAAAAGGACGAUCUGCAGGCUCCAAAUGACGGUGGGAUUUUGAAGCAUUCGACCACUCUGACCAACCGGCAAAGAGGGAACGAGGUUUCGGCAUUGCCAGCCACCUUGGACACUCUGUCCAUUCACCAGCUGGCAGCUCAAGGGGAAAUGAUCCUGUUGAAAGAAAGCUUGCGGAAAGGCGAGAACUUGUUGAAUAAGCCGGAUGAACGAGGCUUUACCCCUUUAAUGUGGGCAUCGGCCUUCGGGGAAAUCGAGGCCGUCCGCAGCAUGCUGGAAUGGGGUGCCGACCCCCAUGCCCUCGCAAAGGAGCGGGAAACGGCUUUAUCGCUAGCUAGCACUGGCGGAUACACCGAUAUCGUGGCCCUUUUGCUGGACAGAGAGGCCGACGUCAACACCUAUGACUGGAAUGGCGGGACGCCCCUCCUCUACGCCGUGCGCGGGAACCACGUCAAGUGCGUUGAGGUUUUGCUGGCCCAAGGCGCUGACCUGACCAUGGAAGCCGAUUCCGGUUACACGCCGAUGGACCUCGCCGUUGCCUUGGGACACAAGAAGGUCCAACAGGUGAUGGAAAAGCAUAUACUUAAACUUCUCCGGGACAAAGUUGCAGAGUAGGUCGCGUCAUUUCCAGGAAAAGCAAUGAAGGCUUUGACAGAUUCAAUCCAGCCUCUUCGGAACGGGUUUGGAGCCGUGAUGAUGUGCCUGAAAUAUCAGGAUUUUAUGUCCGAAAGAAGCUCUGAGAAACCCCCAGUGUGAAGAGAAGGGAAAUGGCUUCGAUCCCCUGAAUUCCAGGUCACUUGAAGAAGCGAGCCGAAGCUGCACGAAGGAAACCGUGCCGGCUUUGGGUUCAAACUGUUGCCUCUGGCAAUUUUUAUUCAGCACUCUCCUUUUCCCAACCACUGCCUUUCUGAACGGCAGGUUGAGGGUUACAAACCGGCCCAUUUUUUGCAAAAUCCGGGGCCAUUGCUUUCUUUAAUAAAAGAAAUAAAGCAGGAAUUAUAUUUA